CUGGACCGGUUCCUUUCCGUCCGUGGCGGCUGAGCGUCAUGUCACCUUGCUAGCUCUACCCGAACGGCCGAACCCCACCGGACAACGGGGCUAUAAAGCCGGCGCCACCGCCGUGACAAGCAAGUUCAGGCUGGACCGUCGGAGAGGGAUCAAUCGGAUCGAAUGGCUUUGGCGCCGGUGGAGUUCCUGGGCGCGAGCGACGGCGGGGAGGCGCUCUACUGCGCCAUCAUACUGUGGAUGUCCGUCAUGUCGUGGAUCAUCUUCACCUGCGACGGCAGCGGGAGGAGGAGGAAGGGCCGUCGGGGCAGCCGGGACACCAAGGUCUUCGUCGGCGCCGAGCGCCUCUGCGACGGCACCGGGCCCGACUGCAGCGGCGGCUACGGGCUCUGCGGCUGCUGCAUCGACUAGCCUGGCCGAGCCGCCGCCCCCUGCCUACGUUUGGACUUUUGGUUUGUAAAAUAACUUGAAUCGAUUCGUGUAAUUGGGCGUCAAAAGUAUUUCGUCUGUCUAUGAUGUGGUGUGAUGAAGAUCGAAGUCCUCUUCUCUUCCCCCGGCAACUUCUUCUAGCCUCUACAUAUAUAGUUUUAGCGAUCGAUGAUCGAUGAGAUGAGCUGGUAUGCGCAAGGAGUACGUCCAUCGCUCUGGGGCGUGCUGCUCUUUGCUGGGGUCCGCCUACACCAAGUGGACCAAUGGUAAAUAUAUAGCGCAUGUCAAAGUGGUUUGUUAUCUUUUGUACGUACCUGUCGAGAGGUAAAAGGCAGAUGAGUCUGACCAUUAUAUAAGGUCACGUACGUACGUGCGC